AUGCGAUUAAAUCCAACAAAGUGCACCUUCGGAGUCGCUGGCGAUAAGUUCUUGGGCUUCAUGUUGUCAAAGAGAGGCAUAGAAGCUAACCCCGACAAAUGUCAGACCAUUGUUAAUAUGAGAAACCCACGUAAUGUAAAGGAAGUGCAACGACUGGCCGGACGCAUAGCCUUAUUGGCUCGUUUUCUGCCAUGCAUGGCAGACAAGUCAAGACCCAUAAUGUCUUCGUUGAAGCAGGCCAGCAAGUUCCAAUGGACUGAAGAAUGCAAGUCCUCGUUUCAAAACUUCAAGACAAUGCUUACAGCCCCGCCGUUGCUUGCUAAACCAAACCCCCAGCUAGAGAUGAUCGGCUAUAUUUCAAUAUCAGACAAAGCCAUUAGCACGGUCCUAGUGCAAGAACAAAGGGAACAAAUAUGGGUAUACUUCAUCAACUGA